AUGCCCCUAAGAUAUAUCUCAGAAGAUGGUGUUCAUAACAUUACCUCAGGGCAGGUUAUCACGGAACUGGCAAGCAUUGUGAAAGAACUUGUUGAAAACUCUUUAGAUGCACAGUCUACUUCCAUUACGGUCAACUUCAAAAGAUUUGGUAUGGACGGUAUUGAAGUAAUAGACAAUGGAAACGGUAUAGAGGAAGAAGAUUUUGAUAGUCUUUGUAUGAAAAACUAUACAUCGAAGCUCGAUAAGUUUGAAAAUUUAGUUAAGGUUCAAACGUUAGGGUUUAGAGGUGAAGCACUAAACUCGAUUUGUAAUGUUGCUCAAAUGAUUAUAUCAACUGCUACACAUGGUAGUGCGCCAAAGGGAUAUGAAUUAAUCUAUGAUAAAAGGGGCAAUUUACAAAGUAAAAAACUAAUUAAUCAAAAGAAAGGUACUAUUACGAGAGUGAAUGAAAUAUUUAAAGACUUACCUGUUAGAAAGAUAAACCUUGAAAAACAGCACAGAAGAGAGUUCAAUCAUGCUAUAAAUGUCUUAACAUCUUACCUCAUUAUACGCAAGAAUGUGAGGUUUAUUGUUUCAAAUACGGAUGCUACGGGAAGGAAGAAAAUAGUUUUGAAAACAGGUUGCAAUAAACUGAUAAAAGAUAAUAUCAUAAACGUUUAUGGAUCGACUGGAUUGCAAGGCCUAAUAGAUUUUUAUGCAAAGAUUGAUUUGGAUGUGUCGAUUAGUAUUGAUAUCAAUGGUCUUCUGUCCAGUGCUUCAAUUGGCGAUGGGAGACUAACAAAAGAUAGGCAGUUUAUUUACAUCAACAAAAGGCCAGUGACAUUUAAAAGAUUGAGUAAACUAAUCAAUUCGACCUAUAAAAGAUACAACUACUUGCAAAACCCUGUUUUUUUUCUAGAUUUAGGUAUACCAGAGGAUAUUAUUGAUAUCAACGUGACGCCUGAUAAGGGAAUUGUAUUACUAUCUAGUAAGUACGAAAAUAUAUUGAUUGACCAAUUGGAAACUAAAUUUGAGGAAUUUUGGGAUAAUUCAGGAUCAUAUAGUAUCCCACUUAACUCUUCCUAUCAGGAAAAGGUGGAAUCCAGAAAUCAGAGUUUAUCACAACCAACUUUGGAGUCUUUUGCUUUUAUAUCAGGAGUAGAAAAUGAAGGCACUAACGAUAAAGCCCAUGAGGUUAGUAUGGUUGAACGAGCCUCAAUUAGAAACUCUAGAGUUGUGAAUAGAAUUGGAGUUAAGCAUGAAGGUGAAGCUAGCGAGUCGAAUUAUAAUACACAAGACGUAGAAGAGAUUUCCAUAAUUGAAGAAAACGCACAAGGAUCGAGUUAUCUUCUUGAGGAGGACACACAGAUAUCUUUUAGAGGUGUCUCUACAAAGAAGGAUUCGGAGAGAACCAAUGAUGAUCUUUUAUUAGAAGAAAACCUAGUUCUCAGCCAACUAGAGGAAUCAAUUACAGCGCAAGAGGUGGGACACUCUCCGGUAUCAUGUUGCUCUCAUAAUGAUCACGUGCAGGAUAAGUCUCAACUCGAAUCCUCACUGUUUGUUUCAGAAGACCACGUUCAGGGAAUAGAUCACGAUGAACAAGAAUCCAAAGAACCAAAGCUGAUUAGCAAUCAUCAUGAAGAGAUUGAGAUUUCUAGACCGGUACCCACAGAGAAGGUUGUAGAGGAUAGUCCCAUAGUAAAAGUGGAAAACAGUGUGACUAAACAUAAAAUAUCCAUUUCAGAUGAAGAUCUAAAGCUUUUUCGGCUGAAAGAAACUUGCGAAAUUUCUGCUAACUGCGAGAAGACGCUGACACCCUCUGAUAUUACCGAUAGAGAAGGGUCGGAGCGUUACUUAUCGCUUUCAAUACACAAAAAGGAUUUCAAGAACAUGAAGGUUAUUGGUCAGUUUAAUAAGGGAUUUAUUAUUGUGUAUAAAGAGGAUACCGGUGAUCUGCUUAUCGUUGACCAACAUGCAUCAGAUGAAAAGUUUAAUUUUGAAAACCUGCUUGCUAAUACAACAUUUAAAGAUCAACCAUUGGUUGUUCCUCAAAGAGUAGAGGUGAGCUCAAUGGAAAAGUUGAUCAUACUGGCAAAUUUGAAUACAUUUGAAAAGAAUGGAUUUAGGUUCAAAACAAUAAAUGAGAAAAAUGAUGGAGAUGACUCCAUACACGAGGAACUAUACUUAACAAGUUUACCAUACUCAAAGAAUACAAUCUUUACUACAAACGAUAUGAACGAAUUGAUUCAAUUAGUGCAGGAAAGAGGGGUAUCUAUUUCUUCAAUACCCAGGCCAUCAAAAGUUAGAUCGAUGUUUGCUAUGAGAGCGUGUAGAUCCAGUAUCAUGAUUGGCCAGGCUUUGAACAGGACUAAAAUGGAAACUAUAGUGCAAAAUCUAUCCGUACUCGACAAGCCUUGGAAUUGCCCACAUGGAAGACCAACAAUGAGACACAUUUUGAAUAUAAACAAAUGGAAACCGUUUGACGAAGAUUAUCUAUGA